AAAACCUCGAAACCCCAACACGGCAACACCUCACCUCGCCGCGGAGUCAGAUGGCCUCCUUCUCCUCCUGCCCGCUCACCCACAGGCCAAUUUGCUCCAAGCCCAGGACGGAGAGCACAAGCGGCGGCGGGCUAGCGCUCGGAGACGAAGCAAUGGCUCCGGGCCCGGCGGUGGUGAAGCGGGAGCCGUGGGCGGCGGAGGCGGUGGUGCCGCGGCCGAUGCAAGGGCUCGGCGAGGCGGCCCCGCCGGCGCCGUUCGUGGCAAAGACGUACGAGAUGGUGGCGGACGCGGCCACAGACGCGGUGGUGUCGUGGGCGCCCGGCGGCGAGGGGAACAGCUUCGUGGUGUGGGACACGCAGGCGCUCGCGGCCCGCCUCCUCCCGCGCUUCUUCAAGCACGCCAACUUCGCAUCCUUCGUCAGGCAGCUCAACAUCUACGGAUUCCGAAAGGUCAAUCCAGAUCGUUGGGAGUUUGCAAAUGAAUCCUUCUUAGCAGGCCAGAAGCAUUUGUUGAAAAACAUCAAGAGGCGGCGUGCUUCCAAGCAUCAGAUGGAAGCACAACCAAGAAACGGAGCAAGUGUUUGUUUCGGACGGCCUGAGGAUUACGGUGAGGUGGAGAGUUUGAAGAGAGACCGUGCAGCUCUCAGGGCUGAAGUCGUCACGCGGAAGCAGCAGUACAACAGCUGUAAAUCUCAGCUCAUUGCCUUGGAGGAGAGGAUCCUAAACAAUGAAAGGAACCAGCAGCAGACCAUCACCUUCUUCGCAAAGGUACUCAGGAACCCAGUUUUUGUGCAACAGGUCUUGCUCAACUAUGCAAAGAAGAAAGAGCUAUGUGGCAGUGGCAUUGCAAAAAGGCAGCGGCUUAUGGAAAAUGAAGAGCAGCACGUUGAUGUGCCACUUAAGAAUGGUAUGGAGGCUGCGUUUGCGACGGAGGCUGGCGUUUCUUCAGGGAGCAGCGAUGGUGGCACAGCCGCGAAACACGAGCCCAUGCCCGAGUGGAAUGAUCAGAGCAUAGACAAGAUCUGCGAUGAUGUAUGGGAAGAGCUGGACGCGAUACCUGGCACUGAAAUGGACCAAGAAGACAAGGCCGUAACCGGCUUCGACGUCGAAGAGUUCACUGGAAGGCCUUGUGGUUGGGUUGAUGACUGCUCAUAUCUAGUGGAGUCGAUGCAGUUUGGGAACAUUAGAGGUGUAUAAAUAUGAGUGGAAUAGUGCCCUUGUUUAUAUUGGCAUUCUGCCAUCUGAUAUUCAGUUGACAUCUCAAACAUAUAUAGCAGCAAUGCAGCACUCUCUGGCACUGGAAACCAGAGGUUUGUAAAAAGUUUGUGUUUUUUUAAAAAAAAACUUUUUUGCUCGAUGCAGCGCAGUAUCGUGUUGUUGUUCUAUUGUUUGUUCAAUGCAGCCGAGGAAAGAACUGCUCUGUAGGACAUGAAACCGGUUCGAUCUUUCAUCAAAUGGCGUAUUGCUAAGU